UUGAUUGGAGGAAGAACAUCCGAGAUUACUCUCAAGUCUUACUUCUUCGGGACAUUUACAGCAGGAGUUAAAAUGAUACCUCCUGAUAUGAUAGACUUCCAGUCGGUCUUUUUGAAUUUCUCUGAGAAGCUUAGUGACACACCGUACGUCUUGGGUACAGUGAUAGCAGUUCUUAUCAUCCUGAUCCUCACCACUCCAAUACUACGAAGACUGGAUAAUAUCGACUCUGCUCUUUGGUCAUACCAACAUCUGAGAGACAACAAAGCCAGUUCUGCCUUCCAUUAUUACAUCUGCGUAUCAACUGGAGUAAGGUCCAGAAGAAAAAUGGAAUCAUCGGUGUACAUCAAUAUUAUCGGGACCAGAGGCGAGACCGGAGCACGACUGUUGACAGGAAACAGCAGAAAGAACUUCAGCAACGGGACCUCGUCCCAUUUCUGUUUAACGACUGAUGACUUUAUUGGAAAUAUCAAAACCGUCAAUAUCUGGCAGGACCAAUGUGGUGAAUUAAAAUCCUGGUAUUUGGCUAAAGUUGUCAUUAUAGACGGGAAGACAAGAAGUGGGCCAUCUUACUCGCUGUCCUUCUUGUUUGUCUGUGUUCGGAGAAAACUAGCAAACAUGACUUUCACCUACCACCAAUAUCCGUCUACCAAACGAAACGAAACAUCUACAAUCAAGAUCAAAACGAUGGAGGGAGUCUGGGAGUACAUUCACACUGUAGUGCUUCAGCGAUUUUAUCCAUCGGGGUAUUACAGUGGUGAAUUAAAAUCAUUCGAUGAGCUGCGAUUUGGUGAAGACAAUUUGAAAAUGGGACCUCUUCGUCUACGCCAAAUUCGAGUUUCAGGCGUUUGUACAACUCCAUCAUUCAUGCGGAUCCACGGUAUCAAGUGUGUCGCUGACUAUGAUACGGGUACAGAAGAUACAAAGGACUACACUGACGGUAUGGGACACAUACACUAA